CCAUAGCUCUUCCACUCUGUGUGGAAUUAGCCCUGCCAACUAGAUCCACUGGUCAACGCUCCGAUCGAAUAUCAUUUCCCCAUAACGCAUCUAGCAUUUUGACAUGGAAGCUCCAGAACCAUCAGAAUUCCCCGACUCCGUGACUGUGGCAGUGCCUGAAAAAACCUACUACCAUUACCACAUACCCUUUGGAACGGAUUCUUGGAUGGCCAUGUACAUCUUCUUCGGUCUGACGGCCACCAUUGCCUGGUUCCAAUAUGAUUACAACAGUAAAGCCUUCUGGUUUCUCUUCCAAUCGUGUCAGUUUCUCAAAAUCCUUUUCGACCCGGAUGUAUGUUCUCUCAGCAAAAAGAAGAAGCUCCCCAAUGGCUCGGAGGUCAAGGUCAACAAACCUCUGAUUGGGUUCAGAACGUGCGAGAAACAGAUGACGGAGUUUCCGGGUGCAUCUGGUGGGGCUUUGCCCAAUAAGUGGAAGUACGAACGGGCGUAUUUGAGGAUUUGACGUGGAUGGGAAUUCUGCCGUGGCUGAGCAGGGGGUUUCCCUUGUUGGAAGGAUUAUCCUGCUUUGACGUAUCAUUCGCUGCCCUACAUGGCCGAGUAUUGUUCAACCAGAUGGUACUGUGUAUGAUUAAUAACUGCUAACGUGAACACGAUGUUUAAUG